UAAGCAUAAUUUUUCAGUAUAAUUUUGUAGCUCCCGAAACAAUAACCCACGUUCUUUGUUUUUAUAUUUGUUUCUUUUUCUUUUACAUCUUUUGUUUUGAUCGAUUCUCGUGGCCAUGAAACGGGCAUCGAUGGGCACAUCGCGCAAUUUUCUCCGCGAGAACCGGAUGAUGGUGAGCCAGGCGUCUCCAAACUACCAGAUGCCCACCGCCUCCUCCAUGGCCAGAUGCUGCGGCCCAGUGAGGUUACUUUUGGCCGCCACCCAGCGGGGCUUGAAUGGCGGAACAGGGGCAAAAGUUGUUCCCAGUCAACGGAAGCUAUCCGAGAAGCAGAUUCAAACGGAGGACAUCAGCGAUGAGCGGUUUCUCAGUGCCGCCCUGCUCAAAUGCUCGGAGAAGACGCAUACCAACUUGCAAUCCCGCAGCGAGGGCGACGAUCCAGUGGAAGGCAGAGGAGGACAGUUUCUCGACGAGAGGCUACAUCUGCGACGCACUGCGUCCAAUUUUGAGCUGGGCAAAAUGCCGGAACAACGCGAUGGCUAUCAGCCGGGGCAAUACACAAUGCACCGGCCGUUAGCUAACACGUUCGGCAUUUUGCCCGGCGGUUUAAAUUACCUGGACAACUGUUUCUCCUCCAGUCGAAAACAGGAUGAUGAGGCAUCCAUUUGCUCGCAAUCCCUCAAGGCAAGUUCUCCAAGGGUCCGCCAAAUGGACAUUCCCGAGAUGGUGGAUGUUAACCCAGACGAUAUACUAAGCUUACACUCGCAAGAGUCCUGUGCAGAGCUACCAGUUGUAGAGGUCCAACGGAAUGAAGCGGAGGUUCAACCGGCGGAGAAUUCCCAAACGGAGGAUUCCCAGCCAAUUCUGCUAAACAGUGAGCAGAGAAUGAUGCUUAUGGAUGCCGUUCGUAAGCGGCAAAAUCAAUUGAUUGCGGAAUACAACCGUUUGCCACUUUCCGUGGGCACAUUGCGAGUCCGGAAUCUCAAGAGACAACUGGAGCAGCAAUUGGAUGUGUUGGACUACGAUCUCAGCAGGCUAUCACUGGCGAAUGUGUAUUUGAAGCAAGAGUCACAAUUUGGAACAAUCGCUUAUCAAAAAUUGCCAACAAAUAUAAAUGCUUAGCUAACACCAA